AGGAUGGGGUUCUUGCAACGGCUGGAGUUGGAAAACUUCAAAUCCUAUAAAGGAUACCAAGUGAUUGGGCCAUUCACUAAGUUCUCUGCUAUAAUUGGUCCUAAUGGAGCUGGUAAAAGUAAUCUUAUGGAUGCCAUCAGUUUUGUGCUUGGUGAUAAAACAUCCAACUUGAGAGUAAGGUCCCUGAAAGACUUGAUACAUGGUGCUGUUGUUGGAAAGGCAGCUGCUAAUCGAGCUUAUGUUACAGCUGUUUAUCAAGAGUCAAAUGGUGAUGAGAUUCAUUUUACUAGGACCAUCAUUGGUAACGGUUCUGAGUAUAGAAUUGACGGCAAGGUCUUGAGUCCUCAAGAAUACCAAGCUAAACUAGAAACUCUGGGAAUUCUUAUCAAAGCAAAGAAUUUCCUUGUUUUCCAAGGUGCAGUUGAAUCCAUAGCCAUGAAAACUCCUAAAGAGAGAACAGACUUAUUUGAGCAAAUAAGUAGGUCUGAUGAGCUUAAGGAAGAAUAUGACAGGCUCAAAGACGAUAUGAACAAGGCUCAGGAAGACACAAACUUUUCUUACCACAAGAGAAAAGGAAUUGCAGCUGAAAAGCGGGAAGCAAGAGCAGAGAAAGAAGAAGCUGACAAAUUCCAAAAUCUGACUAAGGAUUUGAAUGAUACUAGACUUGAGUUUCAAUUGUUCAAACUGUUUCACACUGACAGAAAGAUAAAUGGUUUGAAAGAUGAACUAGCAUCCAUAAACAAACAGCUUCUGUCAGAAAAUAGGAGGAAAGAUAAAGUAGAAGGGCAGUUGAAGAACAAGAAAUCCGAAAUAGCAAAAAUACAGCGUGAGCAACAAGUUUUGGAAAAGAAUGUCAAAACUAAAGAAGUAGAAUUGAACCUCAAAAGACCAAAGUACAUAAAGACCAAAGAGAAAGUUGCACAUUUGCAGAAGAAAGUGGACAACACCAAAAAGCAGAUAACAAAAGCUGAGAUGGCCAAUGAGAAUCAUCAAAUUGUUGUAGCUGAUCUAGAAAAAGAAUUGGCUGAGGUUCAGUCAAUGAUAGAAGCUUACGAAGAGGAUAACCAAGAAUCACAGGAGAUAGAGCUGGAAGAUACACAAAUGCAGGAGUACAACACUCUGAAAGAAAGUGCUAGUCAACAAACCACUUCUUUGAGACAAACUUUGACCAAGAUUAAGAGGCAGCAACAAAGUGAUGAGGAGGCAUUGGAGCAGACACAGCAAAAGCGAACUGAUUUGGAGUCUCGUCAAGUCCAGCUCAAUGAACAAAAAGGACAACUUGAGGAAAGAAUAUCGAAACUUGAACAGUAUAUUAACCAGAACAGCCAGACUGUAAAUAAACUGAAGUUGGAUAAAGACAAGCUAGCAGCCGAGAUCCGUAUUGCUAACACCAGACACUCAGAGAUACAAUCAAGUUUGGAAGGUGUUCAGUCAGAAUUGAGAGAUGCUAAGGUUGAUAAGCACGAGAGUGCUAGAAAUCAGCGUAGAGCUGAAACACUAGAAAGCAUGAAGAGACUGUUUCCAGGUGUUCAUGGCAGACUUAUUGAUCUUUGUGAGCCAGUACAUAGGAGAUACCAGAUAGCUAUUACUAAGGUUCUUGGAAAGAACAUGGAUGCCAUUGUGGUUGACUCUGAACAGUGUGGUAGAGAUUGUAUCCAGUACAUGAAAGAGCAAAGGUCUGAACCGUCCACUUUCAUUCCCCUUGAUACUAUUCAAGUUAAGCCCACAAACGAAAAACUUAGAAAUCUUGGUGGUUCAGCUAAACUUGUGAUUGAUGUUAUAAGAUACGAUCCUCCCCAAAUCAAGAAAGCACUUCAAUAUGCUUGUGGUAACUCACUGGUGUGUGAUACAAUGGAAGAGGCCCGGAAACUGUGUUUCAGUGGAACUGAGCGCCACAAAGCUGUUGCUCUUGAUGGAACUUUGUUCAGCAAAUCAGGUAUUAUCUCUGGAGGUGCCUCUGACAUCAAGAGAAAAGCUAAAAGAUGGGACGAGAAAGCAGUUGAUGGUCUUAAGAGAUCCAGAGACAGAUAUCUUGAGGAGCUGAAAGAACUCAACAUCACUAGAAGAAAAGAACCUGAGCUCAAUAACUUGACAUCCCAGAUUAAUGGUCUUGAAACUAGAUUGAAGUACUCUAAGCGUGACAGAGAUAGUUCCAUUGAUCAGACUAUGGCAGAAUACAAUAAAGAGGCUGCUACUAUUGAAAAUGAACUGGAAGAUGUAAGACCAGUGCUGGAAAAUCUAGAAAAGCAAAUUGAUGACCGUUCACUUAAAAUCGAUGAGAAUCAAGACAAAUUGAAUGUUGUUGAGGAUAAAGUGUUUAAAGAUUUCUGCAAAAACCUUGGCAUUGACAACAUAAGGCAAUAUGAAGAGAAACAGCUAUCUAAGCAACAGGAGAAGGCAAAGAAACGACUGGAGUUUGCAAAUCACCAAUCUAAGCUUCAAUCUCAGCUUGACUUUGAGAAGAGGAGGAAUACCAAAGGGCAAGUUAAGAAAUAUGAAGAUCAGCUUAUUGCUGAUGAAGCUGGAUUAGCAGAACUUGAGGAUGAAGAGAAAGUACAGCUAGAAUCGAUUGAGCGAACCCAAACAGCUUUAACUGAAGCUAUUGAAGAGAGAGAGAAUUUCAAAGGUGAAUGUGAAGAAACAGAGAUCGAGUUGAAAGAGAUAAAGAAGAUACUCAGUGAUCACAUAAAGGAGAUAACGAAGGUUCAGAAGCUUGUAAACACUCAAGAGGUUAAUCUUGAGCAGAAAAGAGCAGAGCGCCAUGGUUUGUUAAAAUCUUGUAAACUUCAAGAUAUCAAGCUUCCUCUCAAACAAGGAAGCAUGGAUGAUAUCCAGAAUCCUACUGGAACACAGACAUCAGAGCAAGACAGUGAGUCAUUGGGUACAUCAACUGAAAUUGAUAGUUUAACAAGUCAAGCUGCUUCCAAGAUAUAUGAAAAGGAAUCUAAAAUUAUUUUGGAAUACUCUGGGUUAGACACUGAUCUCAAGGAUUUUGUUGAUUCUAAGGAGAUAGAGCAUGAACUGGAGAAGUUUGAGAAGAAAAUUGAGAGUAUGCUGAACACCUUACAACGUAUUACUGCACCAAAUAUGAAGGCUGUGGAAAAACUUGAUACCGUCAAAGAAAAGUUACAGGAAACGACAAACGAAUUUGAGGUAGCGAGGAAGAAGGCCAAAAAGGCAAAGAAUGAUUUUGAAGCUGUCCAAAAGAAACGUUUCGACAGAUUUAUGGAUGCAUUUGAGCAUGUAUCAGCCAAAAUAGAUGAAAUCUACAAGCAUUUGGCCAACAGUCCAAGUGCCCAAGCAUUCUUAGGUCCUGAAAAUCCUGAGGAACCCUACCUCGAUGGAAUCAGUUACAAUUGUGUAGCACCCGGAAAGAGAUUCAGACCUAUGGACAAUCUUUCUGGUGGAGAGAAAACGGUAGCAGCUCUUGCCUUACUGUUUGCAAUCCACAGUUAUCAACCAUCACCAUUCUUUGUUCUUGAUGAGAUUGAUGCUGCACUUGACAAUACAAAUAUCAAUAGAGUAGCUAGGUACAUUAGAAAGCAGACCGAAGAAGAUACACAGUGCAUCAUCAUCUCCUUAAAGGAGGAAUUUUACACAAAAUCUGACUGCUUGAUUGGAAUUUAUCCGGAAGAGGACAACUGUAUUGUCAGUAAAACUCUCUCACUCGACCUCUCCAAAUAUGCUGAAAACCCUGCACGUGAUGACGAGGAGGAGGAGGAACAAACUUUUAGGAAGAUGCCCCUGUUGCACAAGGCACCAUAUCAGUUUCGUUCAGUACCUCAGGACCUAAAAGAUGACGAUGAGGUCUUUCACAUCCGAGCUACUAAAGAAGUCUUCAAGACAUACGAAGAAUACAUUGCAAAAGCACAACUAUACACCAAAGAAGUAUGGUCAUGCUCACUAACAGGCAAAUCUAACCUCACCCUCGAAGAAGCGCUUGAAGCUGAAGAAUCUGCCCGAAAGAAGCUGGAGAAGUUUCCAGUGGUUCUGGAGAAACCAACCCUGUUGCUGGCUCAUCACUCCCAGAAAAACUUAGACUGGAUGGCAACUACCCUUACUAAUCAGUAUAAAAGUCACUGUGUGACUGGAGAGAUAGUGAAAGCGACGGUGGGAGAGGAACAUAAGACGGGUAAGAUAAUGGAGUGCAUCACAUCUCUUGAUGCUGAGGAGGGGGACGAGGACAUGUACAGUUACAAAAUAAUGUUACUGGGUACAGGGGAACAACUUAAUCAUAUUCCUCACCAUAAAUUAGAGAGAAUAUUACAGAUGCCAAGUAAAGAACUGAUAAAGAUGUUUAUACGUGAGCACACUAACAAACAAUCAAACAUGUUCAAUGUAAAGAAAGACAUGCUGGUGAAAUAUAAUAUCCCCCAUAAGUUCGCUACCAUCACAUCUGUUUUGAGAACCCCUAGUAAUGUCAAAAACAAAAGCAGUAAAAAGUCAGGACCGAAGAUUAUUAACUCAAAGGGGAGCGGCAGUGCAAGUAAAAGUAAACCUUCACCUAAAACUCCUUCCACUUCAAAACCUACUACAGCCCCGAAGAUGAUAAAGAUACAUUCUGUUGGUGAAGAUGGCAGACUUGUUACCACCUGGAAAGAAGUCCCGUCCAAAACUCCCAAUAAAUCUUCCCCCGUCAAAUCUUCUCCAAAGAAAUCACCCUAUGCAAUAAUAGAAGAGAUAGUAACGAUAAUAUCAGACAGCGACUCGCCUAAUAACUCGAGCGAUAAGAAGAAUAAAACCCCUGGUUCAACUGAAAAGCCAAAGAAAGCUCCACUCACCGAAGAACAGAAGAAAGAAAGGAAGAAGAAACGUGUGGAAAACUUGGAAAUCAGAGAAUUCACAAAUAAAGUGAAGACGUUGGUGGAAAAGUACAAGGAUCAGAUCGCACCAAAGGGUGCUAACGCAUCUACUCCCACAAAAGGAGGAAUGAAGCAGUCGUCUCUUCUCAGCUACACUAACAGAAAUUCCAUAUCCUCUACGAUCAGAGAAAUAAUUGAAGCUGAAGAUAACGGCUACAGAAGGUCCCUAAUAGUGAACGAUCUCGCUAAGUCCAUGACCAGCAAUGUAUCAGAGAAACUCCCAUUUGCUACGCCUGUCAAGUCGUUGCUGUUAGAAAAGAGGGAGAAGCUUCUAGAGAGGGAGAGGCUAACGAAGAUGACACUUGAAGAACGGGAGAAGUAUAUCCGAGAGAAAGAAGAGUUGAGAAUAGCAGGUCUUCAGAAAAAGAGAGAAGAGAAGAUGGCAGAGCAGCAGCGGUUGAAGGAGGAGAGGAUGAGACAGAGAGAGGCAGAGCGUGAAGCAGCGAGGCAAGCAAGACUCGCUCAACAGGCUCUAGAGAGGAUAAUAAUAGAUGAUCUGUCACUGGAUGACAGCAAGGAGCUACCACCCUACAUCCCAGUAGAUUUACCAUCGGGCAUUUCACCCGAAGCCUUCCCUAAGUUAGCGCUCGUUGCAGAUGCUAUUCAUUUCUUUAAACAUAUCUUCACUCAGCCUGAAGAUGAUCUCAACUAUAAUUAUGAUCUUAUCUUACAAGCUAGUUUGGAAGGGCCAAGAGGUCAUAAAGUCCUGUCAAACCUUCUCAUCAGUAUGUUACAGACGCUCGGACAAGAACUUAGGGAUAAGGUUAAAAUUCCUCAACUCGAGGUACCGCUCAGUACAGUUGAUUUAUCGGAGUUCAACAUUGGAGCUUGUGUUCUUGUUUAUAUCACAUACCUCUUGCAACAAAAGGGAUACGAAGAUUCAGAACUGGACGAUAUCGCCCAAGCUCUACAGCGAGCUGAGUUCUACGACUUGACCCCCUCUCAGAAGAUCCACGUCCUCUUUGUUUUGGGCAAUGAGAUCUUCAAGACGGGCACUUUCAAUGCUGCUAUCCAGGAGAAUAUUGACAAGACCACUCAACUUAGGAAGAAGAUCCAGGCAGAGGCGGUCUUGAGAAACAAACAAAGACAAGAUGAGAAGUUAAAGCACAUGCAGGAUACCUUGAAAAAGGGACUGGGUGGCGUUGUUCAGAAGGGAGAAAAGUCUGAGGAGAAAGUAGAGUCUGAGUCAGAGGAUGAACAAAAAGAGGAGGACGGGGACGAGGGUAUAGGUAGUGAAGACGAAGACGAAGAGCCGUCUGACCUAGCUACCGCCGUGAAGAGGCGACAGGAAGAUAUCAAGAGGAAGAAAGUUGAGGAACGUGAGGAAAGGGAGAAGCAAGAACAAGAGAAAAUAAAAGAGCGCAAGUUCAGAGAACAGCAAGCUUCAAUACAAAUCCAAAGGAAAAAGGAAGAGCAGCUCAAGAGUGACUUAGAGAAUCUCGUACAAAGUAUAAGAAACGAACCUCUUGGUAUGGACAGGAACUAUGCUAAGUACUGGUUAUUCAGUGGAACUCCCGGCUUCUUUAUCGAACAGGGAUGGUGGGGAGGAAAAUACUUCGAUAAUAUACAGAAGAAAGCAAAUUCUUUGAAUACCAGUAAUACCAGCGAAGAUAGCGAGGACAGUGGUGUGCUGACUAGACAGGAACCAAUAAUAAUACCUGACAACCACACGCCCUCCUGGUUCGUUAUCCCCACUCUAGCAGCGUACGACGAGUUUAAACUCUCACUAAACAAACGAGGAGUACGAGAAAAAGCUCUGUUAGCAAAUCUCAACAAAGAGGACGAGAGAAUACGAACAGCUAUCAGGAAGAUAAACAAUAAUAGAAGGCAUCACAUAUUAAUAGGGAACCAGGAAAUGACGAUAAAGGGGCUGAAGAAGGAUGUGGUGACUAUGGAUAGUUCGUUGGGUUAUGCGGGAUUGGGAGGACUUGAUAACAUCACCAAACACAUGAAACCAGAUCUACCGACCGUUGACCAGGUCAGUGCAGCCAUGUUGAUGUUACAAGUAACAAUAGAAGCGAAAUAUCUGAAGAAACCAAUGUGCAGUCAGCAAUUUGGUUACGCAGUCAACUUUACGUACCACGACAGAGUUCAGAAAUGGCGAGAUCUGGUAGAGGGAGCCUCCACGUACUCUGAUCUACACAUGUUACUCAGUGUACUUGACAACUGUAUCAAGUGGGAGCGUAGUCUUGACAACAUUAACUGUAAGUCGUGUAAGAAGAAGGGAGACGAAAAGAAGCUGCUAAUCUGUGAUAUUUGUGACACUGGCUAUCACUGUGGGUGUCUUAGACCUCCACUUAAAAAGGUUCCAGAAGGAGAUUGGCUGUGUCCGGAUUGUACUCCAGUUGUAGAGAAGGCAGAAGAGACAAGUAGUGACAGUGGCGAAUGCUCGGCCGAAGAAGAGCAGGAAGACGACGAGGAGAAUGACGACUACUGUUGUGUGUGCGAGAAGGUGGGGGAGCUAAUCCUCUGUGACAAGUGUCCCAGUGCUUACCAUCUCAUCUGUCAUGAUCCUCCUCUCAAGAGGAUUCCAAGGGGUGACUGGGCGUGUUACAAAUGUCAGAAAUCUCAAGAGAGUAGUGACGAAGAGUCAUCUGACGAAGAGCAGGUGUCAAAUUGCUCGGUGUGCCGUAAAGGUGGAAAGUUACUGGUUUGUGCAGAGUGCGAGGAGACGUAUCAUAUGAAAUGUCACGAUCCUCCUGUUAAAGCUAUUCCUAGUAAACGUUGGAAAUGUUCGUUUUGCAAACCGGACAGGGUAGAGGAACCUAAACCAAAAAAAAGGAACAGUUCUAAUUCAAAUAAAGGCAGGGCAGGAAAAAAGAGGAAAAUAGAGAAGACUAAGAAACGGUCUCGUAUACAAGAAAUCAAGAGCGAAGAUGAAGAGGAGUCGACUGGGACGGAAGAGGAUGAAGAGGAAAAGAGCGAAGAAGAAGAAGAAGAAGAAGAACAGGAGGAAGAAGAAGAAAGCUCUAGUAAACGAUCUUCCCGGUCUAAAGCCAAACCUAAACCCAAAUCCAAAGGGGCUAGGUCCAAAAAGUCUGCCAGAGAAUCUCGGUCUCGAAAGAGAGGAAAGGAAGAAGACAAAGAAGAAGUUGAGUCAAGGGAAGAUAGGUCCAACCGACGCAGUCUGAAACGAGGCUUGGAUGACAAGUUAGAGGUUAGGAUUUGCGAAGAAAUUGUGUCAGAUCUGUUAAAAACCCCGGAAAGUGCAGAUUUUAUUGACCUUGUGGACAAAAAGAAGGUUCCUGACUACUAUGACUUGAUAGAAAAACCCAUCUGUCUGAGUCAAAUCAAAGAAAAGACGCUUUACUUGCAGUACGAAAGUUGCGAGGAAUUUAUAGAUGAUAUGCUCACCCUCUUUGAAAACUGCUUCAGCUACAACCUGGAACAAUCAGAAGUCUAUGACAACGGAAGGAUUCUACAAACAUCAUUUUUGUCGAUGUUUAAAAGUCGCCUUCCUGGCUUGUACCGAACAGUUGGAAAAUCUCGGAAAUCUGAAUGAGAGAUCACGUGACAAAAUGUACCAAACACACAUCCAGCUGUCAAAUAAAGUACUUUAACGGUCCUUCAACAAAGAAAUUAUCAGAACAUUU